GCGGGGAGAAUCAUGCCUGUGUCACAGGACUGAUGUGAGGGUUAACUGCAGUGAGGCUGUGGAACCUCAGCAUAGGUCCUGGCACAGAAGCAUACACGCUCAGUCAACCGUGGUUGUUUGUUCGCAGUCCAGAGCGUCCCCUAACCCCUCCAGGGCGGAAGGUCGGGGGGGAAAGGAAGAGAUGCAGGCCGGGCGCCAGGCACAUUCACGACGGUCUAGUGAAGGGUUGGGGAUCCCCGGCCCUGCCCGGGAAGCCCAGGCCGCCUGAGUCAGUAAGGCCCCUCGCCAACUCUCGGGCAGGAGGCGACCUUCACAAGGCCGCUUUAAGCUGCCAGGACACCUGGACUGAGUGGGGGUGGAGCAGACAGGGAGGAAAGCGGGGACUCCAAGUGCUCCACUGCUCUCCUGGGCGAGUCUCGGCCGGCCCCGCCUCCCGCCCCCUGAGCAGGUGUCCGGACCCGUGAGGCCCGGCCUUCCAGCCCGCCCCCUCCCUCUUAACUCCGGCUACUCCUUUGAUCCCGGGUCUGGGGAUACGGCCCCUCCCGCAAGAGAAGGUUCGGGGGAGGAGAUGGGGCAGCUAAGAGGGGGAUGGGCUCAGAGCAGGUAGUUGGGACUGGUCCUUCCUGGGUGGCUGCCCCCAAGCCCUCCAGCCAUCCUGAGGGUUCCCGGGUUUCGUCCCCCCACUGUAGGGGUCCUCGUAAGCCCGGGCAGGGGCGGGGCGGGGCCUCCCUUUCCCCCCCACCCCGGGGAGGGGUCUCCCCGCCCCUUCGGAUUCAGCCAAGCGGAGAUGAAACCUGAACCCAGGUUGGGGGCGGGGCUGGCUCCCGCUCCGACCGGGCUGGCCUGCUCCUUCAUCUCCCCUUUGCCUGCACCCCAGCCGUCUUCUGAGAGAGUAAGGUCGGGAUCCCCAAGACGCUGGAGCAGGGCCCGCGAUGGAGCCCACAGCCCGGGGUCGCGCCCCGCCGUGAGCACCCCCUGCCCACAGCCAUGCUGCCCCGAGGGCGCCCCCGGGCGCUGGGGGCCGCAGCACUGCUGUUGCUGCUGCUUCUGAUCGGUUUCUUCCUGUUCCGUGGGGACCUGGACUACGAGCGGCCGCGGCCGCGGGGGACUGCUGCCUUCGACGGAGACCCGCCGGCAGACCCCGGGGGCCACAACGGCUCGGAUUGCAUCCCGCCGCGGCCGCGGCCGCCCAAGUGCGAGCUCUUGCAGGUGGCUAUCGUGUGUGCGGGUCAUAACUCCAGCAGAGACGUCAUCACCCUGGUGAAGUCCAUGCUCUUCUACAGGAAAAAUCCACUGCACCUCCACUUGGUGACUGACGCCGUGGCCAGGAACAUCCUGGAGAUGCUCUUUCACACAUGGAUGGUGCCUGCUGUCCAGAUCAGCUUCUACAACGCUGAUGAGCUCAAGCCCCAGGUCUCCUGGAUACCCAACAAGCACUACUCUGGCCUCUAUGGGCUAAUGAAGCUAGUGCUGCCCAGCGCCCUGCCCCCUGACCUGGCCCGUGUCAUUGUCCUGGACACAGAUGUCACCUUUGCCUCCAACAUUGCAGAGCUCUGGGCACUCUUUGCUCACUUUUCUGACAAACAAGUGAUUGGUCUCGUGGAGAACCAGAGCGACUGGUACCUCGGCAACCUCUGGAGGAACCACAGGCCCUGGCCUGCCUUGGGCCGGGGAUUUAACACAGGCGUGAUCCUCCUGCGGCUGGACCGGCUCCGGCAGGCUGGCUGGGAGCAGAUGUGGAAGCUGACAGCCACACGGGAGCUUCUCACCCUGCCUGCCACCUCACUGGCUGACCAGGACAUCUUCAAUGCCAUAAUCAAGGAGCACCCGUGGCUGGUGCAGCCCCUGCCCUGCGUCUGGAACGUGCAACUGUCAGACCACACGCUGGCUGAGCGCUGCUACUCAGAGGCGUCCGACCUCAAGGUGAUCCACUGGAACUCACCAAAGAAGCUUCGCGUGAAGAACAAGCACGUGGAAUCCUUCCGCAACCUCUACCUGACCUUCCUGGAGUACGAUGGGAACCUGCUGCGGAGAGAGCUCUUUGGGUGCCCCCGCCCGCCCCCUCCUGGGGCCGAGCAGUUGCAGCGGGCCCUGGCGCAACUGGACGAGGAGGACGCAUGCUUUGAGUUCCGGUGGCAGCAGCUCACUGUGCACCGUGUGCACAUCACCUUCCUGCCCCACAAGCCACCGCCCCCCCAGCCCCACGAUGUCACCCUGGUGGCCCAGCUCUCCAUGGACCGGAUACAGAUGCUGGAAGCCCUGUGCAGGCACUGGCCGGGCCCCAUGAGCCUGGCCUUGUACCUGACAGACGCAGAGGCCCAGCAGUUUCUGCGUUUCGUGGAGACCUCGGUGGUGCUCUCCGCCCGGCAGGAUGUGGCCUACCACGUGGUGUACCGUGAAGGUCCCCUCUACCCCAUCAACCAGCUUCGCAACGUGGCCUUGGCCCAGGCCCUCACACCUUACGUCUUCCUCAGUGACAUUGACUUCCUGCCUGCCUACUCCCUCUACGACUACCUCAGGGCCUCCAUCCAGCAGCUGGAGCUGGGCAGCGGGCGGAAGGCAGCUCUGGUGGUGCCCGCAUUUGAGACCCUGCACUACCGCUUCAGCUUCCCCAGUUCCAAGGCCGAGCUGCUGGCCUUGCUGGACGCUGGGUCUCUCCACACCUUCAGGUACCAUGAGUGGCCCCGGGGUCACGCGCCCACAGACUAUGCCCGCUGGCGAGAGGCUCAGGCCCCGUACCACGUGCAGUGGGCAGCCGACUACGAGCCCUAUGUGGUGGUGCCACGUGACUGCCCCCGCUACGACCCCCGCUUUGCGGGCUUCGGCUGGAACAAGGUGGCCCACGUCGUGGAGCUGGAUGCACAGGAAUAUGAGCUGCUGGUGCUGCCGGAGGCCUUCGUCAUCCACCUGCCGCACGCCCCAAGCCUGGACAUCUCCCGCUUCCGCUCCAGCCCCACCUAUCGUGACUGCCUACAGGCCCUCAAGGACGAGUUCCACCAGGAUCUGUCCCGCAGAUUCGGGGCUGCUGCCCUCAAAUACCUCACCGCCCUGCAGCAGCCCCGAGGCCCCACCUGACCUCACACCUGCCCCCGCACACUCCCUGCAGACAGCACACUCCCUGCAGACACACGAGCGACCUUGCUGCCGCCCCACCCUCCCUGCUAUUUAAAUUAUUUAUGGUCUCUGUGGGAAGGGCUGGGGCGGCGCCUCCCUUCGCUGCUAUCCUAUGGCUGGGGGUCUAGUGAUCCUCUGCCCCAGCUGGUUUGGGGCUGGUUCCUGCAUCCUCACCUGUGACACCCCUUUUUCACAAGUAAAGUUUUAACAGUUCCUUUUCAUGUUCCUCUUGGUUUGGGGCAUGAGGAAGUGAGCCUGGGGAGGUGCUGAAUCUGGCACGGAGGCUGCCGGGACUGGAGUGUGUCCUGUCCACCCUCCCCUGCCCCAAACCCAACACCAUGAGUCUGAGAGACUUUAUUUGGCUUUAUUUAGUAAAAUGUUAAAAUAAAUAAAUACAAAUUGAUCAGCUGCUCUGUAUCCCCCCCACCCCCUCAAAACAAAAAUCAAACAAACAAAAACAAAAA